AUGCGCCAGUGCCUUCAGGAGGCUCUCCUCACUGUUAACCGGGACAUCCUCAUAUCCAUUAAUGGUCACGACAUCUAGCUCCUCCUGCACCCCAAAGUGAAAAAGGACGAGUUUUGAGUGAGGAGAGAGAGAGAGAGAGAGAGAGAGAGAGAGAGAGAGAGAGAGAGAGAGAGAGAGAGAGAGAGAGAGAGAGAGAGAGAGAGAGAGAGAGAGAGAAUUACUCUCUUUUCAUCGCAGGUACCCUCCUCCAUGAGGUAAGGGUAGUCGUCCUCGGUGUGGAGGCCGCCAUUGGAGACGAUGAAGGAGAAGGCGUUGUCCAUGAGGCCACCGCUGCAUCCGCUGUUGAGCGAGUCACAAUCAACGAGCUCCUGCUCCGAUAGCGUCGUCAAGUUCCCGGUAACGAUCUGGUUAAUUCCCUCCACAGCGGCCACCGUGGAGAAAGCCCAGCAGCUGCCUGAGCACCCAUAAUCACCAACCAUUAAGAUCUUCCUGUUAUUUUAAGUUAGUAAUAUAAAAUAACAGGAGAAAACCUACGUUUAAUGAUCUUGCACUAUUUAUUAACUCUACUGAAACUUGGUUCUAAUUGAACUAAGCCUGUGAAAUCGUUCGAACUCUUACCGCAUGCGCCCUGGUUUUUCACACGAGUGACAGCCCCCUUCUUUCUCCAGUCCACUGCCUUGGGCAGGGACUGAACGGCAGCAUACCGGAAGGAUCCCUCGCCGGAGGAGGAGGCCCUCCUCUCCCUCGCCGCAUUGACCUUCACCCCGAGGUACAUGGCCUUGAACUCGUCGUGACUCAGGUCGGCAAAUUCGUUGAGCCCCAGCCAGUAACUCGCCCUCCUCCUAUUGGUCUGGUCAAUAUGGAGCAGGUUUCCCUUGAACACCUGGAACCUCCGCAGCUUCUCCUCCAAGCUCUCGUAGACCCGGCCGUGUUUAGACAUCCAUGACUCGAAAAGCUCGAGCAGUCUGUCAUGGGAGGCGAGGUCCUCCUCCGAAUAG